AUGGCUCUGCUCAACCCGACUUUCAUCUUUGGCGUCAUUGUCCUCCUCUACCUCUCCUCCUUCAUUCUCUUCGCCGUCGUCCGCAUCCUUACCGGAGUAUCGAUCCAGAGAAUAGGCUACUUCUCCCUCCGCCGACUCGCUUAUACACCGAGAGAUGGAUUCAAGAUUGAGAUCCGGGGGUUGGGACUCAACGUCCACCGCCCAACCUUCGCCCAGCCCACAUGGCUGAGCAUUGUGGUCAGCGAGCUGGUCGUCACCGUCGACAUCCGCGAGCUCGACGGGAAGAAGAGUGAGGACAGCUCCGGCGACUCCGAUAGUACCGAUGCCGAGGAGGAUUCCGAUACACAGCAGGCGGAGCAGCAGAAGGUGCCUUUAAUACGGCGGAAUGGCGGCCCCCCGCCCCGGAGCGAGACCUGGAAACACCUCAUGAAGCUCAAGGAUAGGAUAAAGAGGGCGCACCGCAAGCUGAAUUGGCUGCGGAUGGUCGAUGUCGUGGCUACCAACUCUACCAUCAAGGUCGUCGACGUGGGCGAUGUGCAGUUUGGAAGCUUGACCGUGGCUGUUGACACGCGGCGCAAGAUGGUCGACCGCGCACGUUUCUUUUUCCAGUCUCGAAAUGACAAGACCAAGAACAAGCAACGACAGGCAGAGUGGAUGAUGACGCUACGCAGCGUUUUGUUUACACCGGAGGGCAAGGAGUCUCUCGAAAUUCUUGAUAAUGCGACGUUGAACAUCCAUGGGUUCUUGUACGAGGCGUUGGACGGACUACGCGAUGCAGCCAUUGCUCUUAAGCUGGGCCGCGUCCACAUUCCCUACGACGAGGUUCGGUUAUGCGCCGACCGACUGAAGGAGUGUAAGUCGGCUGCCCGCACGCCUUCGUUGGAGGAGCCGGCCGACAUCUUCAUGGAGAAGGUGAUCCACGAGGUUGCCCAGCCGGGCAGCACGCACCAAGAGUUGAUCCAGACCGUGUCCGACUCGAAAGAAUUCAUCAGCUCUAUCCUGAGGGGCGUUAAGGAGGUCCAAUUCGCGGUGAGCUUUGUUGGCAUGACGAAGAAGGUGGAGACGGUAAAGCCCAACGCCAAGCCCAUCUUGCUCAAUGCCUCUAUGAAGGAGGUCGGCAUCGAUUUGCAUCGCCUAGAUCCCAAAUCGCCAUCCCACAGGAUGUACUUUCCGUCCAAGGACAUCGCCCAUGAGGCUCUUGCUGCAGCGCUGUCCAUAUCUAUUGGCCUGGACGAUGGCGACGGGAAGCCGGAGAGACUGUUGUACAUUCCUAUGGCAACAACCACGGUCAAGACAACACUGCCGUCCAAGACAGUCGAGAUGGCACAGGACGUGGGCGCCGAAGAGAGGAACGCCAACAUUCUCUUCGCCAACUCCGUAGUGACAUCUCCUUCGGUGGAUCUCGACCCGCGUCAUCUUCCGAUCCUCGUCGCCAUGCUUCAACCAAAACCCAAGAGGCAUCGCGGCGAUCGUCAGCCACGGCAUGUACUUAUAUCACGAUUACUGCCAAAGGCCAACAUAAAGUUUACAAUGCACGAGCCCGUUCUCCGAGUCGCCCUACCUGCAGUUGACCAGCACGCAGCUCCCGAUGAUUUUGAUUUAAUUAUAUCUUCAAUCUCAUCGAUUUCACUUGACAUGGAAUCAUUCCAUUCUACUGUUGAGGACUUGCAUUAUUCACUAGCCUCAACAAUGAGGAUACAGUCACACGAGUUAUACUACCAGACGUCAUCGAGUAACCGAUUCGACCUCAUCCAAACCGAGUCCUUCGAGUUGAAGGUGCAACUUAGUGCGACACCCGAUGUUCACGUUGUGGCAUCAGGCAACCUACAAACGUUUGCCAUCAAAAUGGUGCGACCUGAGAUCACCGAUGGUCUUAGACAGAUCGUGCGACAGCUGAGAAUGAAUGUCGAGUCUGAGAAGCGAUUUACCUCAAAAACUUCAAGCAAGCCACCACAAAACUUCCUCCGCGCAUUGCCAUCUUGGUUGCUUCAAUUUCAACUUCAAGCAUCUGAUUUCAGCGUGGAGGUUGCUGGCAUCGACGAGGAUAUCUCAGAUGACACGCGCGGCGUGUCCAUCCAGCUCGAUGAGUUCUCAGCGGAGUACCGAGCACAAAGACUCGACGGCGGACUUCAACGGCGGCCAUCCAGGCGUAGGGCUAACAGCCGUACCGUCCACCCCGACUCGGAUCUUCUCAAGCAUCCGGUUUCCCCUGCACCGAGGAAGAAGCAGCAAAACCCAGGAGAUGGACGCAGAGUCGCCAUUCACGUGCGAGGUUUGGAGGCCUACAUUGUCGAAUCAGAGGACCGGGUGGAACUGGAGCCGUUCGUCAAUAUGCCUCGCUUUGAGGUUGCAUUCCAGGCUCUCAGCGAUCAACAGGGUCCAGUCUUCCAUAUCCAUGCCGGCAUGCGCACUGUCCUUUUGCAGUACUCUCUCUUCCGGCACUACUCUGUCGGAGUGGCCAUCAUGAUCCUUAAGAGGGCGUUUAUGAGAUCGGGACAAGAUGUUACUUCGCCAAUGAUGUCGCCAACGACGCCAAGAAGAGAGGGGAGCGAUCUCCUGUCUCCUCCAAUGUCACCAGAGUCGCCUUUUGUCGACAUGAGUGACUUUUCGACCAUCACUCCGGAGCUCGUGGCCAUUGACAUUAAGGCAGCUCUGGUUCAAGUCAAGGCCGAGCUUCCAAAUGACCCUCAAGUGAUGCUUCAGGUGUACGGCGUGGAAGCUGGUCGACACAGAUGGUCAGCCCCACACCUGGCUUCGAAGCUGAUUCGCGUUUACGUCCAACCGCCGAGAAUGCGAUCAACAUGGGCUAGAAUGGUCAGCAUCAAGGGCGGACGCAUCGACUGGAGGACAUCCCGGCGCAAGCUUACCAGCGGCGGAUUCCAGGAGGACAAGAUGAUCGACAUCAACUCCGACGCCAUACGAUUUGCGGUACCGCAUGAGGUCCAGGUCAACAAGAUCUCCGACAACGUCAUAAAUACGCUCAAAUCGAUCAAGCAGCUCCACCACCGCUUCAAGACAGGAACUAAUGAGUACAUUCUUGACAAGGUCCCUGGAGGCCCGAAAAACGUCCCCAAGGUCUCGGUCAGAACCCGUUCUUUGCUCUUUGAACUGGAAGAUGGUGCUUUUGAGUGGAAGCUGGGAAUGAUCUACCGUGCCGGCCGAAUUGAACAGAUGCAACGUCUUGCCCGUGAAGAGGCUUUCGAGGUCAAGAGGAAGAAGGUUCGCGAGGAAGAGUCAAGGAAAGAAUCUGGCAAACUCCGAGCCCGCUCUCUAUUCCACAGAGGGCGUCAGAACAACGGCGCCUCGUGGGCAAGAAGUCAAAGUGCAGAUGGGCGGAGACGUGGGAGCGAAAGCCAGUCACGAGGUAGAGCGCCGCGGUACGACCCCGAUGGAGGUGGCCUUGGUAUCACCGGAUCAUCCAAGAUUGCCGAGCAAGAGGCAAGAGAGAAGUUGGAUGCGUACAAUGCGCAGAGCUGGAAGAAGCGGAUUGACCGAUUCUACUCCAUGGCGAAGAAUGGCAUGAAGGAGAUUCGCGGCAUGUUCUGGGGUCCCGAUCAGCUGCCCGACGACUUGGAGGACACAGAAAACAUCCUCGAGGUGCCCCAGAGGCCAGCACUGAUGUCCGCCCUCAUCACCGAUCUCCAGUUCGUCAUCGAUAAACCUACCUUCGCUAUGAAGGACCUGCCGGAUUUCAUCCAUUCCGUUGGAAAGGGAAUGCCCAAGGACAUGAAAUAUGGCCUGUUGGUUCCCAUGCAUGUCUCGAUCGACCUUAGUGAGGCGAGGAUUUCAUUACGCGAUUACCCGCUCCCGCUCAUUCACAUUCCGAGCCUGAAGGCAGGGCAAUCCACAAGGUUACCUGCAAUGUCAUUAAAGACCAAUUUUGUCAUCGCGGAAGAGUAUCGUGGUAUGGAAACAACCCGCCGUAUCAAGGUCAACAUUGUACCACCGCGAAGCCACGAGCCUGGGGGUGCAAGCGAGGGCGGUUUUGCCAUCGACGUCCGACGGACUAUCGGACCGGUCAAGUCCUACUCGAACAUGAGAGUCGACAUCAACACGGCUUUGCCAACAAGAAUUACGUGGGGCCCAGCAUACCAACCAGCCAUACAAGAUAUGAUGAUGGGCAUUGAGUCCUUCACCAAGCCGCAGGUUGACCCGUCCGAAAGAGUCGGAUUUUGGGACAAGAUUCGGCUCAAUUUCCACUCUAGGAUACACGUCGCCUGGAGGGGAGACGGUGACAUGCAUCUGGCACUGAAGGGCACGCGCGAUCCUUACUGCGUGACGGGCAACGGCGCAGGAUUUAUCAUGUGCUGGCGCAACGACGUCAAGUGGAACAUCAACGCUGAUGACAACCCCAAGCGCUUCAUGACUGUCGACUCUGGCGAGUAUGUGCUUGCCAUUCCAGACUACAGCCACCAGGUCCGGGAGGCUGCCCGGCGCACGGGUGAAGACGACAGUUUGAUGAGCGAAGACAGCUAUAAGUCUGGCGCUUCCUUCAAGAAGGUCGUCAUGAAGCUUUCUGGCAAGGUGCAGUGGAUGGCUGGACUCGUGUUUGAGCGGGCAAUUAUGGAGGGCAAACGAAGCUUCGACUUCAGACCGCACUACGACGUCGUGCUGCGUGCUCCUCACCAUGUCAAACCCGAGGACCAGCCGUACGAUGCCUUCCGUGGAUUCCGAAGUUCACAUAUCCAUCUUUCGAUCGCUGUCCGAGCACCCGUUGACCGCGAUUGGAUGUCUUCGAACCCCGAGUCGUCCCGGAGCUACAAUACUGUGCACUGCACUCCCCGUUUCUUCACCCACUUCUUCGCAUGGUGGUCGCUCUUUGGUGGCGCAAUGGCCUUGCCAAUCCGUCAAGGUUCUCUAUGGCCAGGUAGAGAGCGGAACAGUAAGAAGUUCGGCAAGCAUCUUUCGACCAUCAAGUACAACUUGUUGUUGGCGCCGCUGUUUAUCAGUCACAUCUACAAGCAUAAGGACGUUGAAGAUGCUUCUGACAGUGGCGUUUCUGCAACGGGCCUCAAAGUCCGUUUUGACAGCUUCAUGUUGGAUCUUCAUCAGAGACGUGAAGAAUUCAAUACCAGAGACCAGGGCCGAAAGACGAAGGGCAAGACCAGCGGAAUCAAGAUUCAUGCGGCUCAGCUUGACCUGGCAGCCGCUGACGUACGAGCAGUGUCGGCAAGCAUCAAAGGCACGACAACCGAGGCCAUCAAGAAAGGAUCCAUAUCCCAGCUGAUAACGAACCAGCACGAGGAUAGCGCCGAUUUGUCACGCUUCACGAUUCCUGACAACGACCUGAGCUGGAUUGACAUGGAUGACUUUGUCGAGUUGGAUUGGAUCUUGCCAACGGAACCAAACCCGGAUACAAAGAUUCUGCCCUUGGCAUAUGCACCUCGCCUUACGUACUUCCGGCAAACCGACAUUGGAGGCGUCGUCUCUGGAGAUCCCGACCGCAAGAGCCCCUUUGGUGAUGAGCCGACGCACUUCUGCAUUAUGAGUCACGACGACGAUCCUCGCCGAGUUCAGACACAGCUCAUUCAGGAACGCUUGGCUCAGCUGGAAGUCCAAAUAGAAAGCUACGGAAGGAACUUGGGCGAAGCCGAGCUGAAGGUUGUACGUGACGACGCCAAAGACCCUAAGCUUGUUGCUGCGUUCGAGAGCUUGCAACAACAAGGCGCCAUUUUGCAAAAGAAGAAGGUGUACCUUCAAAACAUGCUUCGGCAGAUGAACAAGCCCACGGACACUACCCAAUUCUUCAAGCGCGAAAACGACAGCAGCCAGUCUGAAGAGUCGAUCUAUCUUGAGCAAGAAGAUUCGCUGACGAUCCCCUCCGGUGCCGAGUUUGAGAGUGAUUUCAACAACCGUUUCGUCAUUCACAACCUUCAUUUCAAGUGGAACAACACGCUGCGUAACAUCGUUCUACGCUACAUCCACCAAGUCAGUCAGCGCCGGGGAUUCGUCUACUACUUGUCCCGUCCAGCGGUCAAGUUUAUCCUGGAUAUCGUGGAGGAGCAGUAUAAGGCCAAACAGAAUCCCAAGCCCAACGCCAGCAAGAACCGGACUCCCACGGGUGGCGCGACAACAGGCACCUCUCCAGACCUCGACCAGGCAGAGCGCGAAUUCAAGCAAGACAUCGAGGACCGCAUCAAGAAAAUCCUCCAAGACGGCAAGAAGUAUGUCAACGCAGACGGCAAAGGCGGUGACAACGUACCCAACGUUCCUAUUGAGGACUUGUCGAGCGGUAUCUCGGACGAAUUCACACCGCAAAACAGUUACCACGUCCGCCUCAUUGCGCCGCAGAUCCAGUUGCAGAGCGACAAGAACAAGAAGAAUGUGGUCAUCCUCACAUCCAAGGGCAUGGAACUCAAGGUUGUUGAGGUCAUGGACAAGAUGAGAAUUUCAGAUUCCGUCAGUGGUUUGGUGCAGCGACGAUUCCUUGUGAACAUGGAUAGCACCCAGUUCUUCGUCACGCACCAGUCCUACUUCUCGGAGAUGGUCACCUCCUAUGCCGGAAGUCGCUAUGGAACGCCGUCCUCGACCUCUUGGCCUCCCUGGGUUCCUAUGGAGGUCAUGUUCGACUUCGAGACCGAUCCUUUCGGAUUCAAUCGUGUGGUGCAAAAGACAUCAGCGAUGCUCCGAUACGACAAGUACAAUACUCUGCGUCUGAAGUACAACGACGAAGUCAACACCGAGGGCUCUAGUGAUUCAUCGCAGCCCAAUGCCGAACAGAAGAUGGACAACCUUUGGGUCGAGUUCCCCCAAGCCCGUGCCCUCUGCAACUCCGGAGACUAUUACGCCAUGUAUGUCAUUGUACUGGACCUGCUCAUGUACAAUGAGCCUCUGGAGAAGACACGAAGCGAGCGUCUGGAGAAGAUCAUGCUGGCCUCCGAUUUCAGUGAUCUCAGCGGCACGCCCGAAAUGGUGCAGAAGCUCCAAGAGCGCAUUCGAUCACUGCAAGACAUCAAGUCACACUUCCAGAUCUAUUCCAAGUACAUGGACGAACGUGGUUGGGAGGACAGACUUCUCCUGGAGCGUGAUUUGGCAGCAUGCGAGGACGAGUUGUUCUUCAUGAUGAAGGCUAUUACAUCUUCGCAGCGCAGAUACGAGACGGCAUCCGAGAGCAACGCCUUGCUGAGAUGGAGCAUCACAGCUCGCGACACGGUCUGGCACAUGCUUCGUGACAACAAGGAACCUCUGGUCGAAUUGCAGCUCAAGGAUGUGGAGUACGACCGUACCGAUAACGCUGAUGGUUCGCAUAUCAACUUGAUUCGGGUCGGCAAGGUAUUCGGUUUCAACCUCUUGCCUGACGCCAUGUACCCAGAGAUCAUCGCCCCGUACAUUGGUGAUGAGAAGAGCGCAGGCGAGCUGGGCAACCGGGAGAUGAUCCGAGUCUACUGGUACAUGCUUGAAGCUAUUGCCGGCAUUCCUGUCAUGGAUCACUUCGAAGUCAACUUGUUCCCUAUGAAGGUUCAGCUGGAGCGAGAGGUUGGAAAGCGUAUAUUCGAAUACAUCUUCCCUGGCAUUGACGGCGAUGAGAAGCAAGCCAAGAACGACUCACCCUUCAUGCUCAAGCACACGCCCGCCGAUGAGGAAGACGAAGACGAUUCCUCCAUGUCUGGAUCUGGCCGUCUUACGGCUAGUGAUAAGGAUGGAUUCAAUACCAGGCCUGGCUCACUCGAGUUGCGUCUACACCCGACUUUGAACUCGGACUCCCCGUCCAAGUCGGUUGGUAGCACGCCUAAGAAGAAUCUCUCAGUCAACACUGGAGAGGGCCACGGCUUCCGUCUGUUUCGGUCUGUGGGCACAGGAAAGACUAUCGCCAAGAAGCCGUCGUAUGAAUCUCUGAAAUCAAAUGCUCCUCGUCCCGGAAUCGGCCGCACCUCGACGGGCUUUUCGUCCAAGGAAAGCUCGGUAACGGGCGAUAGCAAGAAGUCCCGUUUCGGCUUGCGCAAGGAGUCCAAGGCAGAGGAGAACAAGCCGUCCGACGACCUCACUAAGAUGAUGUCUCGCGCGAGCAGUUAUAUGACGUUCGCACACAUCAAGAUGCCCUCCGUGGUUCUCUGCCUCAGCUACAAGGGCAAGGACAACCGCAACGUGGAAGACGUGCAUGACUUUGUGUUCCGCAUGCCUGCAGUCGAGUGGCGCAAUAAGACUUGGUCCAACCUCGACCUUGCCCUCGCGCUCAAGAAGGCCGUCAUCAAAGCCUUGAUCUCGCACACGGGUGCAAUCAUCGGCAACAAGUUCAAGCACCGCCCCAGCAACACCCAGGCCAGCAAGCUGCGAGAGCUCGCCAGCGGGUCGUCCCUGAUUGCACCGUCCUCCGCGUCACAGCAUGACGCUGAUAGCAUCAACAACAGCGACGAUUCCUCGAGCUUAUAUGGUAAUUCUCCCGUCGACUACUCGCGCUCUCCACCAAGGUCCUUACACGGUAGUUCAGCUAGUAGCAUCCCGAUCCCGCGAUCCACGAGUAGGAGUUCUAGCGUCGCGAGCUCGAGAUCACGUCGAACGGGCGAAUCGAGCAUGCAAGGGCCGGCCGUUCCCAGCUUCCUGAUGAUGACGCCUCCCACGCCGUCAGACGGCCGAAACCCUCAAGGCUUGGGUAUAGAACUCCUCCGCCCGUCGUCUAGAAGCAGUCUCGCGCCGGACUACCAGCCCGGCAACGGCACGAUUAGAUCUCUAUCUAGAUCAGGGACGGGAGCGGAACCAGAGGGCCGUCGUAAGUCAGCAGGCAGCGGUUUUCUUCGGGACAAGCUGAAUGCCCUCACGCACCGUAAGAGGGAGCCUAGCAAAGAACCAAGUCGGCUGCAGAGGGAAGACACCCCAGAACCGGACGAAGAGGCCACUGCGUCUCCCGAGGAAAGCCCGAAGGCGGUGAAGAGGUUCGGGGGACUUGGUAGUCGGGUGAAGACCGGUUAG